CCGUUUGUACCGUAUACUUGUGUCGCACAUUUUUUACCCUAAAUUUAUCCCGCAAUGAUUUUCAGUAUUUUCGUCUUCUCGUAGCUUACCUGCUCGGCUGUUUGUCGCACGUGUUCUCGCUGCAGAAACACGGCAGCAAAUCUCGGCCCCUGUGUUUAAAGAAAAGGUAGUAGACUCCGCGAGAUACAGUCUUAAGUCCUGUCUUCAGUGUAAUUAGAAAGGUUCAUACAGGGCAGUCUUGGCUGUGAUUCAAUCCGGUUGUUUUCCUAAACUUCCCUUUUGAAUCACUAGCUUACAGGCUUCUUCCACCUCUGUCUUUCCAGUCCCACACGUUCCGCUUAAAAACCCAUACUGUCCAGGCAUGUGUCCACAGUAGCACAAUUCGCUUGUCCUUUCAGAGUGGUGUUUGUUGGUGAUGAUAAGGACGCAUUCCGUACACUUCAUUUGGAACAGAAAGAGAAGUAUCGCCAUGAAAUGUUUCUCUGCAAAAAGCACGGCAACUGUGGCCAGGUUGCCUUGUAAAAUGUCCCUGACAACAGGUGCUGGGUGAGACUCCAUCUUCGACAUAAUCCAGUCGACAGUCGGAGCACUAUCUACCCAAUAAGCACGUUUUGACCAAGAGGUGGCCCUCCCUUCCCUGUUUGUGUGUCGCCACCUUCUCUGUAAAGUGAACGAAGAUAUCGGCGGUACUCUUCACGCUUUGGAGAGCUGACGAUUGGGAUCGUCGGAGGAUGUUAAUUGUCGCAUACAAAAGUAGACAAACAUCGCGGAUGCUGAGUGCACCAUUGUCUUCUUCGCCCAACCAGUCGCAAACUCGUUGAUAUCUUUGUUUCGAGAAAACUCUCUUUCAAUCCUCCUCAUCUUCAAAUCUAAACACUAGACUAAUUUUCUACUUCCAACCUCGUUGUCUUCUGAGGACGCUGGAGACAGAAGGUCAAAGCGCCAGGUGUUGCGGUAAAAAGAGGACCGAGGGCUGCCAAUAUAAAGCCUCAGAUAAAGUGUUUUGUCGCGGGAAGUUAAAAAACUCUACGACUUUCACAGAGUACCAACUAGCGGCCCCCACUGCCAUCUAUGCAAGGGCUAUAGAUGUAUAUAGAGAUCUUUAACUAGAAAAGCUGACUGGUAAAUACAUUAAAUCGGCACACCUGUACAGGUCCGAGCAUUCAUGCGUGCAGUUGACUAUGCACACGACACAACCCGGUAUGAUUGAGGCGUUUGUGAAGCGUGAAGAGCUAGUCUAGCUUCUGCGUGAAUACGGAAAUCUGGCAAUUGCACUUUUCCGAGGUGCUCCGAGACACACUGUGCAUCCUGUUCUUCUGGAAGUGACGACGUGUAGAAAAGAAAAAAGAAUGGAAGAGGGAAGAGAAAAUGAGACAGUCCAGGUUUAUUCCUGUGACACGGAAGCCACAUCAGAUACGAUCCCACCGCAGGUUGAGUCGUCUGCAGACGUCGUUACUUUCUCUUCGCCACAUUCCAAAGCUAUGUGUACACCAUGUUUGGGACAGAAGGGCGUGAACAAUCCCUCAUCUCAUUCAGAAGCUACAGAAAACCAGCUACACCUUUUUGAGAAUCAUCCUGGCGACGUAGAAGCUCAAGCGCUUCCAAAUGGAUCAAACUUGUCCACAACGGACCUAUGUCAAGCGACUGCGGUGAAGUCCGUGGCAGGGCAAUUACCGACACACAUAGCCAAGCGCCUGAAGUCCGGCUAUGUGCCAUAUAAUCCGUUCAACCUCUCCCUGACAACAAGGCAACUCCUUGAGUUUACGGAACUUCCCUUCAUGAUUUUGUGGGUGUACCUAACCUACUUCGUCGUCAUUGUUGCUUUAACGGCACCCAAGGUCAGAAAGCUCGUGUGGGUCAGCGCGGUGGUGGCUGGGGCCCUGGUCGGGGUGGGACUGAACGCAAACGCGUACCGAGCAAUCAUGUACAGAGGAUAUCCCGACGUAGGCAUGAUCGUCCGUUUCUUCCUCAUCCCAUUCGGCGUCUCUGCUCUCUCUGGAUUAACCAACAGUUUAAGAGACAGGUUUAUGCUAGUAUUUCCGAAAGAUCCGGUGGAACUCAUUAUUGCUGUAGUUUGUCCCACGGUUGUUGUAUGCGUUCUCAUGAUCAGUCGAAUUCUUAUACUGCGAAAACAUCGCGUGCCCAUCACGCUCAGAAAUUUUUUCCUGAACGGAAGAAUUUAUUAUUAAAGCUAUUUUGACUUUUUGUUUGGUUACGUAUGAACAGGGACAACGUAUAACCUGCUAGUCCUUUACAUGGAGGGGAUAUAUAUAUAUAUAUAUAACACAUAUCAAAGCAAAAAUCGUAUUUGUCCGCUGGUGUAUAAAUAUGUGGACGUAUAAAUAUGCUUGAUGUACACAUAUUUGUGUAUAUAUAUAUAUAUGCAUGCGAAAGCAAACAAAUUCCCAAUUUUAAAUCACAUGCGUUGCUAGCAGGUUCCCUGUGAAAUCACAAAGGGGUUUUUCCUUCCAAAGGUUGUGAAAAGAAUAAAGGAAGGAAUCACGAAAUUGCGAGGGAAAAAGCGAACUCCGAGUGGAGGGGGAAGGGAGGGAGGAGUGGAAGGCGCCCCUUCUUCGUUGUUCUUUCGUUAGUUCAUUGAAGGGGCACAACAAAAGAUGGAAAGUAAACAAAAAUAUAGGGAAAGGGUAGCCAAAUCCUGCCAAGAAAUGUAGAGGGAGCAGAAAUAGAUUCAUCCAGCCUCCCUCUUUUCUCCAGUCAUUCUCUGUUUCCGCAUGUGAAGAACCAAUUCAGUGUCGCCAUGGACAAAAGAACUCUCUGAAAAAUGAUUCAAUUCUCUCGA